GGUCGCGGCAGACCGCUCGCGUGUGUAUUUUCUCCCAUGCCGCGUCGUAACUAUUACAAUAUUAAAAUAUAUUCAAGACAAUAAAUCUGUACGCGCGCGCGUGAUCGUCGUCUCCGCGUUCGUUUAUUCAUUUUUUUUUUUUUUGUUUUGUUUUCUCCGUUGUCGAAUUUUUGAUACACGUACACGGAUGGGCGAUAUGAAACAGCUGAAGCCGUUGUCCUACGCGGCGGCGUCGUGUUUGCUGCUGAUGACGGUCGCCGGCGCGUCGGUAACCGUGAACGUGACGCAUCUGUGCGAUUCGCGAGCUACCGCAACCAAAGAUCCGUCGUCAAACACCGAGUCGUCGUCCCGACCGUCGAACGCGGACGGGCCGUCGGCUAGCUUCACCGAGUUUAUCACCGUCCGCAAACCGUGGAUGAGCUUCAUGUACGCUAGUCGAACUAAUGUGCAACGGUCAUCAUCACAAAAUUUCUCCCGAUCGCCCUCGAAAUCUUUCCUUCCGUUCGUCUUGCAACCAUCCCCACGACCCACUUUGCAAUCUUUCUUAAAUAUCUCUACAAAACUCUCCUCCGAACCUGCCGUAGAACUUUAUUCGCAAUCUACUUCGAAACCUUCUUUGCGAUCCACUUUACAGUCUUCUUUGCCAUCCACUUUGCAGUUACUUUCCUCGCAACCUACUUCAACACUUUCCUGGAAAUCUACUUUAAUGCCAUCUUCGCAAUCCACUCCGCAUUAUACUACCUUGCAACGCAAUUUAUAUCCUUCCCCGAAGUCUCCUUUACGGUCAACAACUCACCACCCUUCCUCACGACUCGCAUCGGAAUCUUUUUCACAAUCCACAUUUUCUCAAAUCUCAACACAAUUUGUACAGAUAUCCUCCUUACUGCCUUCAUUGCAAUCCUCCUCACCACCCAGCUCACGUAAUUCCUCGGAUCUCGUCAUUAAAGGACCGAUAGCCCUUAAACAAGUCCGGUUUCCCAGUGCUAAGUAUGAUGAGAACGUGAAACUGGACCAACAGACAUCUCGUCCCGACUUCAGUAUUACUUCUAUGGGUCCAUUCGGCUUCGGGCUCGUGGUUAGCGACGCUGGACUGCGGUUCAUUGGCAUUGCCGAGGCUGCGGUUAUGUGGCACAGUAUGCCAGCGGAACUUGUCAUUGAUCUCAUCAGUAACCCGUACGAAUGGGAUGCAAUAGCCAAGAAAAUAUUGCCGUACGAGUGGCCGUUGAUCGUGGUCUGUGGUCUAAUGAUAGUCUGUGGUCUGGUACUGGCCCGGUAUGGCGUUUACUGGCAGAGACGGUACAAAGAGGCAAAGUGGUUAGGAGACACUGGCUGGGAAUCGGGUUGCAAGAAGGGUGUGUUGGUCGUAGCCGUUCAAAUGCUUCUGCUCAUGUUAGGAGCUGGUGCUUGCGGACUGUUGGUAACAAACGAAACAAUGGGUUCCGCCGUAACUAGUGUCGGAGACUUACUCGAAUUCGGUGUUGGUGACCUGGUGGAUAUGUUUUCCGUAACUCAGAAACAAAUCCGGACCAUAACUGUCGGAUCAAUGGAUUCCACUACCGAUGCAAUUUUUUCAAAACUAGACGAUAUAGCCGAACAAUUAGGAGGACCCAUUGAAAACGAUAUAUAUGGUCCAAGUCAUAUAUUUGGUGGUUCUAGGAGUAACGUAACUAGAUUAGUUCAAGAUUUUCAAAAAAUAUUCCCAAAAGCAAAAGAUGUAUUGUCCCAAGCCGAAUCUGUCAAGGAUGAUAUUAUUAUGUACAAUAAAAAAAUAAUCGAAUUGAAUACUGAACUUCAGAUGGUACCCGAACGGUGUCCACUAGAAGUCUCCGAAAUGUGUAAAAUUAUUUCAGAUAACAAACUGAAAGCAGAGAAUUAUACGUAUUUGGAUGAUUUGAUUAAUUCGAUUAAAGGCGUUUUAGAAGUAGAAAAUGAUGGACUCUCCAGCCUACCCCUGACAUCAGCUGAAAAUGCCAACAUCCCAAAGGCACUAUACGAACAGACGGAAAAAGAAAGAUGGCGAAUCAAACAAACUUUGAUGGAUCGAAGACGUCAAUUGGAGUUUUCCAUAUAUCCAUACGAAAGUCACACGCGAAAAAUCGUUUCCAAACUGAUGGACAUGAAAGAAUCAGCAAACAAUUACAUAGUCCAUUUGAAACGGAUCGAAACUUACCGAUGGUCCGUUAGUGUUGGAAUAGCAAUCGGUGCACUCUUAGUUUGGAUUUUAUUAGCAUGCAGUAUUGUGGUAAAUUAUUGUUCACAGACGACUUGGGCUAAAUGCUAUUUCUUCGGCUGUGUUAGUGCAAUGCGAUUAACAAGCAUAGCACUUUGGUUAGCAGCAUUAGUGGGCUUAAUGGUGAGCAGUAAUGGCGAGGCGAACGUGUGCCGACCGUUGUACGACGAGCCUGCGUACGAGACCGUUACGAAAAUAAUGGAUUGUCCGACCGUAACAAGCGAACGCGGAUUUUUCUCUUCGUUCGUACUCGGCAACGAAACGUCCAUAGCUCCGUUCAACGAAAUCAUCGAAUCGUGCAAGGGUAAUCACUCGGCGUACUCCACGUUUAAUUUGAACAAAGUCUUUGACGUGGAAACGAGUUCGGAUUACAGCAAAUGGCCAGGUGUAAUGGAUGCCCUGGAUGGUCUCAAAACCAGAAGGGUUCACGUUGAAUUGGACGUAAACAGUAGAGCACCGUCCAGAGCUGAUGCAUUGAAACCGAUUUCCGAAUCGACCAACUUAGACUUUCAAAAGUUUCGAAGUCUCAUUUUGACAUCUUCGUUAGAGCAUGGUCGGGUGACUUUACUCCGCGAUCAGCUCAAUACACUUUUGACGCAAACGACAACUUUCUCGAACACAUUUAAAUAUACAUUGAAACAUGUGGUGGCUAAUAUUUCGGAUUUAAUCGAAAGCGUGAUGAGUCCAAUGGGUCAGAGGAAAAAUAUGUUACUCUAUCAUUUAACAUUGAUGGAAGUCGAAAUGGAACCACUAUCAGAAUCAUUAAAUCAAACUUGGGCAAACGCGUACACUAGAAUCGAGAAUUCUGACUUUGAUCAAAUAUUGCGAAAGAAUAUGGCUCAAUACAUGAACAGUAUUAAAUCACUGCUAGAAAAAUACAAGUCGCACGUAACUGAAGCCGUAAAAACUGAAGCUACAUCAUGUAGACCUGUGUGGAAUAUCUAUAGAAUCGGAAGAGAUUUAGUAUGCAGACAAGCCUUAGAUUCACUGAAUGGAUUUUGGGUUAUAUGUUUUUUUAUUGCCAUGUCGAUUACUGUAGCAAUACCGGUAGUGAAGAAUUUGAAAAUUUUUCACAAGUCUCCGUUGACAUCUAUGUCUCUUUAUACAAUACCUCCACCACCAGCGAUGGAACUUAUGUGCACGAAUAAUUAAUUUAAAAAUCGACAGAUCAAAAUUGUUUUAGAAAAUAUUCAUGUAAAAUAAAUUACUUGCUAGCUAAGGUAAUAUCAAACAAAUCCAUUGUAGAAGAUAUUUAAAAAUUACAAUAAUUUUUUUUUUUUAUUAAAUUCAAAAAUUAAAAUUG